UGCGAGCCCCGGCGGGGCUGGGGGCAGGACCGUGCCGGGCGCUGCGGUCUGCGCGCUCCCUCGGCCCCGGCAGCCUCCUGUCUCAUGCUCUCGGUUUGAUUCCGGGGUUUCAGAUCUGCCGCCUCCGCCUCGCCAGCGCCACAGCCGCUCCCGGGCUCCGCCAGCCCGCACCGCACCGCGCCGGGGCCGGGCCGCGGGAUGCGCUAGCUCUGCGGGCUGCUGCCGGGGUCCAGAGCCGAUGGCUGCGCCGCUGCUGCUGGUGCUGGUGCUGCCGCUGCUGUGUCAGGCAUCAGGGCUCUUGGCCAAGUCCUGUGACAAGCUUAAUAACCAGUUCUACGAUGAAGCUUCAAAAAAAUGCUGCUACCACUGUCCCACAGGCUCCAUUAAACAGACACCAUGCCCUACUAACUUGGACAAAGACUGCAGGUGGUGCGAGCCUGAGCAGUACCUGAAGGAGGCACAUCCAAAGCCACGUUGUGAGGCCUGCGUGUCAUGCAUGACAGAACAAGACCUCGUAGAGAAAGCCCCCUGCACCUUCAAUUCCAGCAGGGUGUGCGAGUGCCGGGCAGGAUUCUUCUGUAAAAUGUCAGUCCUGAACACUUGUGCACGAUGCGACCGUCACACCAGCUGCUCUCCUGGGUAUGGAGUCAAAGUCAGAGGCACCUCCAAAACAGAUGUCACCUGCCAAGUGUGUCCUCCAGGCACCUUCUCUGACCGGCUUUCCAGCACAGAAACCUGCAGGCCCCACACAGACUGUGCCAAGCUGAGCAAGGUAGUGAUGACCAAAGGAAACGCCACCCGCGACCAAGCGUGCAAAGACCCAUCUCCCAACGUCCUCAGUUGGGUCCCUACGCUCGGAACAUUUAAAAACAGUACCCAGGGCACUGAGCCAGCCGGGGUGCCCUCCCAACACACCCAACCCCCUCAUGGGAAAAGCCAGCCUUCCCACCUUGAGCAUCCUGUUGACUCCAGACGGGCAACCCAUACCAGCCUCCUGAGCGCUGUGACCUCUGGCAAUGUCCAUCCAACUGCUGGAGGAACCGCUGGUGGAACAGAUACAAAGCCAGCUGCUGGCACUUUCCUGACCUCAAGUGUAGCCACAAGGAAGACUGUGAAGGAAGAGAAUGGCAGCUUCAUUCCCUGGGUCAUGGUGGUCCUCCCAGUGACGUUGUUGCUUGGGGCCAUGGGAGUGUUUUGGCAAAAGAAGUUUUGCAAGCGGCGGAUCUUCACCCUCAUAAGGAAGACAGCUCCUAAUGUGUACCAAGUCCCUACACAACAACCCAGGCCUGGAUCUCAAGGGCCCGAUUUGAUGAAGACUUGUGCAAGGAGAAUCAGUAUGUUGAAAGCUGAAAAGGGGCCAGAAGAGAGGGAGCUAAUUACCAGAAGCCCCAACAUGGAAACCAACAACAACUCGCCUUCCAGCACAGAGAAAACUCAUGGGCCUGAGCUGAGUCUGGCCGAGGUGAACCAGAGCAGUGGAAAUUCCCUAGAUUGCCCAGUCGAUGCUCGUGUGAGGGACCACACUAAUAACCGGAUCGAGAAAAUUUAUAUCAUGAAAGCAGACACAGUGAUUGUGGGCUCCAUCUCGGAAGUGUCCGGAGGCAAGAACUGUGCCGUUCGAGGGUAUGACAGUGAUGCUGAGGCCCAAGAAAACCCAGUGGAAACGGAUGGGGCAAUGCACUAUCCAGAGCAGGAGACAGAAUCAUUCCCAGAAAACGAUGUCAUGAUUCCCGUGGAGGAGGAAGGGAAAGAAUUCCAUCACCCCACCACUGCCACUGAGAAGUGAUGCCCUCCUGCCACCACUGCUGACAAGUGAUGAUUCCUGACAGCUGUAGAGAUGCCCACUGUGCCGACAACUGAGAGCUCGCUGGAGAGUUGUGUCUGCAUUAUUGUCUCCAAUACUGUAGGUUGUGAAAGGAUUUUUUGUACAGGGCCUCAGAGAAUCUAUUUCAUCCCCAAAAUGAGGCAUUAAUUCAAAGGAAGAAGAAUUUGUACUGCUUAUCAUAUCAGAUGUUUCUCCCUCCUCCUCCCUCUUUUUGCAUCCCACUAGAGAUGGACCUGAACCAAAACUGCAUGUACAAAAAACCCAGAAUUCUACCCUAACUUCAUGGCUUCCCCUCUCGUUUCAUGGUGGGAUAGAAUAAAACCCCAAAUGCUGACCAAACUCCUUGGCUGUGAAAUGUCAGGUCAGACUCCAGGGGCUGAAAUUGGGAGGUUGUUUCUGAAUCCCAUAUCUGAAGCUGUGUUGUUCCCACAUUAAGGUUGCCAACUGCUGGCACGUGAUAAUUGCAUUGUUCAGAGUUUUUCAGAAACUAGCCCUAUGCCUGGAUGGAUAGGAUAAAAAUCUCAGGUUUAUCAGCAUAAAAAGUCCCUAAGCCUCCUAGUUCUAGAAAAAAAAGCUUGAAAAACUUUUUCCAGUAUGUGCCUUGGAGGAUCAGAAACUAGAAGGGAGAAGAAGUGAAUACAGAAUUUGCUUGUGACUAUUAAGCCAGUUCUAUGGAUCUUGCCCCUCUGGGACUUGGCCAUACCGAUGCCUUAUGAUCUUUUCCCAGGAAAAGACUGAGAGACUGAACAUGAGGUUCUGGACUUUUGUUUCCAUGUGGAGUCUCUAUGAAAGGGGCCUUCCAGUGUAUAGGAAUGGGGUCCUGCAAGAAACACAAAGGGAAUAUGCUGAUUUUCCAAAGGAAACAAAGACUUUGAGGAAAGGGGGCCUUGAUUUUUCCCUAGAACAUUAUCCAUGUCUGAUUGUUCAAGGAGAAUUGCUGGUACCAUCCUGGUAGCACUAGUUUAUUUGCAUGCUAGUGGUCCACACUGUGUUGUGGAAAUUGCUGCCAUAACCAAUUAGACGGGAUGCCUGCAUGCAGCUCACGUGGUUUGAAUACCAAGUGCCAUGUUGGUGGUGGCACUUGAGCACACAACUUUGGGAAAUGAGUGCCUUGGCUGCCUGUGCCUCUAUCGUCAAAGAGGGAACCCCAGGAUCAUUAUCUGCUCCUCAGGGCUGUGCUGAGUGGCAUGCGGUGACAGCACCUAUUUUGGUGCCUUCUGUCUGAGAUUCUCAGGGUGUUGUGGCGGCCGAGGGCAGUCUAAGGCUAUGGCCAGUAGCCCGGACCGUCAGGUGGGUAUUUUCCACGAUGGAAUAGAGUUAGGCACAGAAGCGUAUUGGUUGUAUAAAGAAAGCUUUACUUACACUGCCGAUGGUUGCAGUGCAGGAAGAAAACUUGCGUGAAUUACAGUUGCACACAAACGCACAGGGGUGAGAUCUCUCUUCAAACUGAACUGAGAUGAGUCGUCGGUGUACGACUCCACAAGCGCUCAACACGGGGGUACGUCAAUAUUUCCACGAUGACGGGGAGUGGUUAGAGGCUGAUCAGGCCCCUAAGUUCUCCUCCAAGACACACGUGGAGUUUGCUAGGCUCCACAGCGCGCUUAGAGUUCCCCACGAGAUGGUUGUGGAGUCCUCCAACUUGGGCGGAAACUGCUCUAACCUUUUAUACGGCUAGCAAACCAAUCGCUAGCCGCCAGGUAGGAAUAAUUUAGAAUUGACAAAUAGUGGGACACAAAUUUGCGUACGUGUGGCGGGAACUCUUUUGCACCGGGGUUUUCUCUCUGCAGCUGAGAAAUCCACCGUGCAAAGAAAGCUCCAUGUGGAGGGAAAAUUUCAAUGUGCCGAGGCACUAAAAAUCAUUGGGUUAUGACAGGUGGUUCCCAAACCAUAGUGAAGCUUCCAAUGUUGUUUACAAGGGCAGCACAGACCUAUAUACCACUUCUAUAGUGGUAGAAAACAGGCAUGGAGAGACCCAACUGAGGACAGAAUAUAGUGGGGCAAGUAAUAGACUCCCUGGCCUGUGCCGUCCCCACUUGUGCCUCUAAUCCCCUGGGGAAGUGGCUGUGGGCUGAGUGGGAGUGCCCCCAUGGCUUCCUCUGUGACUCCUCCUUUCAUCUCUGUGAAAGUUGCCUAUACUGUACAAUGCUUGGUUUAGAGUGUUGCUGCUGUUGCAGCCCCCUCCGAACGAGCCAGGAGAGCAGAUAACACACCCCUUUUCUGUGUAUAUUACCUGUUAUGCUUGCUGUUGUCAUUGACAAGCUAAUCGCCCUCUAAAGCCAAGGAAAAGGAGUCCUGGUCUUCUUUUUAUCUUCGUUCUCUUCACUGCCUGAGCAGGCCAGGAGGUAAAGAAGGAAGGAACAGAAAUGACUUAUUUUACUAAAAGGGUUUCAAAAUUAUUCUGCAGCAGAAGCUUGGCCCACCAGACACCGCCCAGAAUCCACAGUUCCAGGAGGAAGUGAGACAAAGGGCAAGCGCCAUAUACUUCCACCAUUCAUGCUGCAUUAUUUGCCAGGUUUCUGAAAGGACUCCCAAGCAAAAAGAAGCUUCUCUCUGUUGGGUAGAUGCUGGCCUGCCAUGUGUACAGCAGUUCUCAUAGCAGUAAACUUGCCAAAGGGUUCAUUGUGAUAAAGGACUCGUAUAUUCUUGCCCAGUAUAGACAGUCACCUUGUUAACAGAACAGCUCUAAUGGAAUGGCAUGAAGCACUUACCUGCUAUACAAACUGUUUGCUGUUUGUGGUGUCCAUUUAGAUAACCUUUGCUAUUAAAAAAUAUGCAUAUUG